GCGAUCAGGUUGGUGGGAUAAGCGACGACCCCAGCCUCUCCGGGCGCGGAAGGGUGGAAGAAGGCAAAGCAUUAGCGGAGGGGCCAUGGGUGUGGAAAGUCCCUCCAGCUUGCCAGCCUAGGGAUAACAGUAACAGAGUUGGAAGGGACCUUGGAGGUCAUUUAGUCCAACCCCCUCGUCAUGCAGGAGACCUGUACUAGGGAUUCGAACCGGGUUCCGAUGCCCGGGGACUGGAGCCCCUUUCCUGGCCUUGGAACUGGCUGAAUGCCUUGGCUCUCUCUCUCUCCCCCCACCCUCUCCCACAGGCCCACCGACUAGGAGGUCAGCGCUGCUGGACUCAUCCUGCUCGCUUCGAAAGAGGCCGCCUCCUGACGGGUGAUGGCUCUGCCCCCUCAACGGGUCUGGCUGGGCCGCUGCGGAGCCGGGAUUGUGCUCAGCUUCUUGGUCACCCUUCCCUGGAGGAAGACGCUGGCCUUCACCAUACCUGCUGAAAAUCACGUAACAAAAGGUUCUGGUCCUUUCCCUCUGGCGAUAGAGACCCCAACAGCAGUCUACGAAUAUGUGUCCAAUCUGCUGGAUUGGUGGCACGCCAAUGUCUACUGCCAACAGCGUUUCGCUCAGUUGCCCUCAGAGAGCUGGGAGGAUGAGCUGUCCUCUUUGGGCCAAAACCUCUCCCGCCAGCUCCAAACCACCAUUUGGUUAGACGACGAGGAACUCUUGCAGCGGAAGCCAAAGCAAAGACGCGUCCACUCGCCCUCCAUCCUGAUAUUCGGGAACAAAACGGACACCAAGUUCGUGAAGGUCCUGGCUGACUUCCCAGCAAUGGCCGCAGUGAGCGCUUGUGCCCACGUCCAGUGGGACCCCACGGCCACCGAGGUCUCGACCGUCUUUUCCUAUGCGGUUCCAGCCUUCACCAAUGAAUUCCAGCUACGUGGCAUCAUCGACAAGGACCAAUUCGUCAAGUUUGCCAUCAUCCUCCAUGGCCAUCACUCCCCUUACCUGCCAGUCUUCCGCACUGACACGGAUUGGCACCACUUCUGCAUCACGUGGCAGCAACCCAACGGCACCUGGGUCAUCUACGCCGAUGGGAAGCAGAAGGCCUCGGCCUCUGGACUGGCACCUUCUCGAGCCAUUGAUGGCCACGGGAUGUUCAUCAUCGGCCAAGACCAAGAUUCCCUGGGGGGCGCCUUCAAGGAGAAAGAAUCCUUCAGUGGGAAUCUCACUGAUCUACAAGUUUGGAAGAGGUUCCUCAGCCAAGAGCAGGUGGAGAAAGUCCGCUCCUGUGUGUCCAUCACGGAAGGUCUCGUCUUUGACUGGAGGGACGUCAUCUUAGAAGUGGAAUCAAGUGUUCAAGAGGCCACAGUGAAGCUCACCUGCCCAGGCUCUGUAGAAGAAUGUCGUGUUUUCAAGGUCAGCCAUGGAAGCCAACAUAGUCCCUGCUCUGCGAUGCUACCUUUUGUCUGUCGGUACAGAAAAGAUCUUUACUUCCAGCUGAAGAAAACCCAGUUAGAACCUGUCCCGCCGUUCAUCGCUCGUGUGAAUGCCCAGGCGAAUACGACAGUGAUUCCUGAGAACGUCUUCCAGGCAGAUGUCCAAGGGGUGACUAUUUCAGCCGCCGCUAAUAGACUGGGGGUCGUGGAGAGGAUCCUGUCCGAAGCCCAACCUCCACCCCUGGAUGCCUCUUCUCUCCUGGGUGUCUUCCAGCUUUUGAAAGAGGUGUCAGAUGUGGAGGUGGAAGAACCAGGUCAACUGGCAGCCCUGGAAGAGCUGGGUCAACAUUACGUGGAGAUUACAGGGAGGCUCCUGGAGGAGAAGACCACGGACGAUUGGUCUGAGAUCAAGCCGAUCAUUGGGGGACCCAUGACGGUGGUGGAAAACGUGGACAAGAUGGCUUCCAGCCUCCAUCAGCUCCUGAGCCCCGACCGAGCGAAAGUCACCUUUCACAGUAAGAACGUCGGGAUUGAGGUGCGACGGGCAGAGCUGGGCUCAGAGAGAGCUGGCAGUGGGGCCUCCCUGAUGCCAACCCACCGCUGGGACCAGCUGGACACAAUAGAGAUCCCGGCAGAGGAAGUGGAGCGCCUGAGAGUGAGAGGUCUGCGUCAAAUCACCCUCACCCAUACUUGGUACAGCUAUGGCGCCCUCCAGCACCUUCUCGCCAGCAGCAGUGCUGUCUUCAAAGACUCGGCGGUGUCCGACGGAGGACGGAGGCAUCUGACCACGCAGGUGGCCUCUUCCAUCAUCUCCUCCAGCUUGGUCAGCAACUACGAGGAGAUCAGCACGUCGGUGCGGUACCGUCUUCGGCACCGGGUUCAGGCGUUACCAGACCAGCUCGUGGAACCAGUUUGCGCUUUUUGGAACUUCAGCAGAAGUCCUGAAGGUGUUGGAGGCUGGUCGACCAGAGGUUGCUCGGUGUCUUCUUCUCAGGAGGAUCUCACCACCUGUGCCUGUAACCACACCACCAACUUCGCAGUCCUGUUGCAGGUCUAUGAAGUUCAGAGGAGCCUAGAGGAGGAGUCCAUGCUGAAGACCCUAACGUUUGUUGGCUGUGGCGUGUCCUUCUGUGCCUUGAUAGUCACCUUGGUACUCUUCCUAGCCGUUGGGGUCCCCAAAAGCGAGCGAACGACGGUCCAUAAAAACUUGAUCUUCGCCUUGGCUGCUGCGGAAGCCUUGUUAAUGUUCAGUGAAUUGGCCAAGAUCAACCAGGGUGUUUGCUUUGCUGUCACAGCGUUUCUCCACCUCUUCUUCAUGGCGGCCUUUGCUUGGAUGUUGGUGGAAGGUCUUCUGCUCUGGAGCAAAGUGGUGGCCGUCAACAUGAGUGAAGAUCGGAGGAUGCGGUUCUACUAUGUGACCGGUUGGGGGCUUCCUGUGCUGAUCGUUGGCGUCACCUUGGCCACUUCGUUCAACAAAUACGUGGCGGACAAUCACUGUUGGCUGAAUGUGCAGACAGAGGUCAUCUGGGCUUUUGUGGGACCUGUCCUCUUUGUCCUAACAGUGAACACCUUUGUGCUGUUCCGGGUAGUGAUGGUAACAGUCUCCAGCGCACGACGUCGGUCAAGGAUGCUGACCCCUAACAGCAGUCUGGAGAAGCAGAUUGGAGUUCAAAUCUGGGCCACCGCCAAACCCAUCCUGGUGCUGCUACCUGUCCUGGGCCUGACUUGGGUGUGCGGCAUCCUUGUUCACCUCAGCGUGACCUGGGCUUACAUCUUCAUCAUGCUAAACUCCCUCCAGGGCCUCUACAUAUUCCUGGUCUAUGCACUCUAUAACAGCGAGGUGCGGAAUGCCAUCCAGAGAAUGAGGGAGAAGAAAAAAGCCCUUUCGUUCACGAACUGCUCCCACCCUGUCAAUUAUCUGUCAAGCCCCAGGAACACCACCUGGGAGAUGGCCAGAUUCAACCCAACCACCCCGGAAAACACAACCUGUUCCAGCGAGAAGGAGACGGCGGCCUCCAACUCCAAGAGCAAAGGGAACUUCAGUGCCAAAAUCCCACGGAGCGUUUCCUCCAUUAUGUCACCUGAGAAACCGGCUGUACAACUGACUGCCUUCAAAUCAUCAGGCUUAUGAGCAGAGCUGUUCCCAGCGAUGUAUCUCCAGCCGGUGACUGUUGAGGGACAAAAACCCAGAAGACGGAGAAGAGAAGGGCCGCAUUUUCCUUUUCUAGACCCUCCCAGCCUGGCUCUGAAGUUCCGAUUUACUAACCAAGAUGCUUUCUCACAGUUUCUUUCCCACUUCCCUUCACUCCCCCGCCCCGCCCCCUUGCUGUCGAUUGUGGCUUAUUUGAGUCUCUGAAGCAGUGGUCAAAUGUAAAAUUUGAUGCUACCAGUUCGGGGGGCGUGGCUUGGUGGGUGUGGCUUGGUGGGGGUCAUGUGACUGGGUGGGCGUGGUCAGCUCUUUUUUUUUUUUCAUUUGUUAAAGCAUUUUUUUGCUACCUAUUCGCCUGAACCGGUAGCAAAAAAAUGCUUUAAAAAAGUAAAAAUAAAAAAAAAAGGUUCUAUGUACCUCCAUAGCAGGGGUGAAAUGCUACCGGUUUGCUCCGGUUCGGGUGAACCAGUAGCGAUAUAAACUACCAGUUCGGGCAAAAUGGUAGCGAUAUAAACUACUGGUUCGGGCAAAACGGUAGCAAUAUAAACUACCAGUUCGGGCGAACCGGUAGAAUAUAAACUACCGGUUCGGGCAAACCAGUAGCGAUAUAAACUACCGGUUCAGGCGAACCAGAAGCGAUAUAAACUACCAGUUCAGGCGAACUGGUAGCAAUAUAAACUACUGGUUCGGGUAAACCAGUAGCGAUAUAAACUACCGGUUCAGGCGAACCGGUAGUAAAAAAAAUGCUUUAAAAAGGUAAAAAAAUGGUUCCAGGUGUGCCGUGCGAUCCUCGGAACCUUUUUUUUUUCUUAAAGCAUUUUUUUUGUUACCGGUUCAGGCGAAUAAGUAGUAAAAAAAUGCUUUAAAAACGUUUUUAAAAAAGGUUUCAAUCGUCGGAACCCUUUUUUUUAACCUUUUUAAGGCAUUUUUUUUUACUACCGGUUCACCUGAACCGGUAGUUUUUAUCGCUACCGGUUUGCACGAACUGGAGCGAACCGGUAGCAUUUCACCCCUGCUCUUGUGGUACGCGGUCAUAAAAUGGCAAACUUGGUAGGAGAGCUUCUGCUUCCCCUCCCUUUCUUGGCUUCCAAGCUUGGAGCUGGUGGCCAGAAGCUAAGGAGAACAAGCAGAAGACCUGGCAACCCAACCAUCCGUCCUAAUUGUGAACCUCUGGUGAGCACAUCUACCGUAGUGUCUUAUCCUGGAGCAAAUGAGCCACAGCAACAGCGAAGGCUAUGUAGUCACCCCCAAAGGGUAGUGUUGGAUAGAAGAUUAGUCUAGUGCAGGGAUCUCCUCAGAGGAAUUCUAGAAGUCCACAAGUCUUAAAGUGGCCAAGGUUGGAGACCCCUGGUCUAGUGGGUGGCAUCGCUUCACGAUUGCCUCCUUUCCUCCAUAACAUUGUCUGACGUGGGUGGUCCAUUGGACCCGUCUGUUGUAGCUGCUCCUAGAAGAGCAAUCUCAUCUCUGGAAGCCAACUGGAAGCGAACUCCCCGUUUUUUUCAUCCCUGACCCAAAACGACCUCUCUCCUUUCUUUUUUUUUCACGCCAACCAUCUCUGCAAGGGAUUUCCCUAAGCAUCGCCAGCACGAGCCCCCCCCCCCCCCGCCGAAGCGUCGAUAGAUGCCACCUUCACCCUCUUUUUCGAAACAGGAAGUAGCCAGGGACAUCAAGCUGGGAAAGAGAAGGUUAAAGAGGACACGAGAAGACCUUCAGCUUCAGAAAACGGCCCUGGGUGCUGAUGGAAAUUUUCUUUCCCCCCCCCUUUUUUUUUUUGGACUGCUCCGUUUAAGGCAUGAAACCGUUUCCAUAUGUUCCAGUGGAACAUUUUCGGAGCGCUAUUUUUAACAUGAUGAUGAUGGUGAUGAUGAUUAGGAAGUUUGUGAGGGCCACUGGAGUUUUCCUCCCUUCCAGUUUGCAUCAGGAACGAUGACCUUGCAGGUGGUCAGCAAUAUCUUAAGAGCUUGCCGUGACAUGUGAAGAAUUUUCAUUUUUCUCCCGUCUUGUUUUGGAAGCGAACCCAAUGGCUCUUUUCCAUGUGUGUGUGUGAGAGACCUCCCUGCACAAUUUAUACUCCACUGUUCUUGGAGCUGCAGUUCUCCUUCAAAUGCAAGAUCCUCCCAAAACAACUUUGGAAGAGGCACACAGGCAGAUGCGCCGACAAGCAUGAUGGGUGUUGUUAUCCAGAGGAACCCAUCCCAUGAUGGCCAACGUUAGAGAAACACUCUCUCUGUCGUGUCGUAACUCUCGGGUGUGAAUGUACUUAAUCUACGUUUAUUAUUCUAAAAAAUUGGAUCGGCUGAGGAGGGGGGAGGAGGGAAGUGAUGGCUUCAGUGUUUAAAGUAACGCUUAAGAGUUGUUUCUUUUACACACACACACACAGUAAUCACCCAGCGGGAAUAACAGGACUUUUGUUGCCCGAGUUGUCGAAAUUCAGCUACAUAUUUGGAAACCCAAACAGGGAAGAUAAGAAGCUGUAUCUUUUGAGCGAUUCUGCAACCGAAACAAAAUAAAAAAGAAAA